UAAAAACAUUUUGUAAACAUUGGCCUAUGUUUUACACGUUUUUUGCAUGAAAUGCCCCCACCUGCUCAUGUUUGAGACAAACCUUUGAAGGAUUACCAUUAAUAAAAACAAUCAGUUAUACCUCCACGCGCCUCCCCUUCUUACUGUCUUUCAGGUGAGAGAGUUACCCAUGUAGUCAGGAAUGUUGUCGGGUUACAAACUGUAGGGUUGGGUCUCACUCAGGCUGGAGUAACUGUCUCACCCAAGACUAGGACUCCAUUUCUGGCCACACCAUCACAGCAGACAUGGUCCCAGGCGUGUCAGGCCGCACUCUGUGUGUUUUGUGUGUGGUUUUGGUCCGGACGGUAUGGGGUGAUUUGUGUAUCAGCUAUAGAGACGCGUAUGGCAACUUCCAUGACACAGAGGAGUGCUCCAAGUACUGCUGUGGGGACUGCAGUGCUAAAUACUGCUGCAAUAACAAGAAACUCAGCUUCACUCAGGAUAAACAGGAAAAGUGUUUCGAAAGUGCACUCAGCACUCCUGCACUUGUGGGAAUCAUCGUUGGAACUUCAAUUCCUGUCAUCCUCUGUGUGACUCUUCUCAUCUGCUGUUUGGCUCCCUGCAGUUUAUGCUACCGGACAUGUCGAAAAGGACACAACCCAAACUUUUAUGAAAGUGCCGUCAAUAUGUCCCAGCCUGCACAAUCACGAUCUGGUAACCAGCCAUCCAAUACAGGCUAUCAGCCUGUGGCAGCAUUUGAGGGCCCACCCAUGCCCACAGCACCACCACCCUCUUAUAUAGACUCCACUGAUCCAGCCACAGUUGAUUUCACGUAUGGACAACCAAUGUACCACGUAGAUCCCACCGGCGGGCAUGAAACACCACCCCCAUCAUAUUCGGAUGAGCUUGCACAGCCACCCUACAACCCCUCUUUCCUGCCGUCCUGAUCCAGGGAAGAGAAUCUUUGCUGCAGUGACCGGGUUUUUGCCAUUGCAGUCCACAUCAUCCCAUGCCACGUCACGUCAGCUGAAGGAUUUCCUGCAGCCUUUUGUGGCCCACACCAUUUCAACUAACACAGUCUUGAGGGGGAUUACUGGUCAUUUUCAUAUGUCUCUUCUUGAGGGGGAUUGCCGGGGUCGCUCCUCUUCAUGCGUCUGUUCCUGAGGGGGAUUGCUGGAGGGUGUGGUUUGGUCAGCUAUAUUUCUCGGUUUUAAUCAUAUUCUGUUUUAAGUACCCUGUCAAUCCCAACUGGUUCCAAGUUGAUUUCACCCAUAGUUGUCUUCACGUCAGUAAAUUGCCCUCAUUUUCUUUAAGUGUCUGAUUUUCAAUUUAUCAAUGUUAGGUCAUCUGCUUUCUGGCCCUUUUCUUGUUCGCUAGUUUGUUUUGUUAAGUUUAUUUAUUAAAUGGUCAAGUCUCUCACACCAAGUCGGGCCUCCUGCUUUUUUGGUCCUCAUUCAUGAGUUCCUGACACAUGUGGGGAGGAUAAGUUGUCCAGAGUGUCCUUGUAAAAUUUCAUAAUAUUUUGAAAAGGAAUGAAUGGACUCCAUCUGCUGGCCAGCUGCUUGCAAUCUCCACACAGACAUAAAACAAAUAAAAAAAUAAAA